UCAACUAUUUCUUUAUUACCAGCAGCACUACUACAGCAUAUAUCUUCCUAUGCAUUUAUCAAAAUGAAUGGCAUUUUAAAUUUAUUAUUAACUGUAUUUUUCUUGUUUCUACUAUUAGUUAGAGCAAGAACAAGGCUGAUUAUUUCUAAGACUCGUGAUGAAUUAGUCGCAUUAGCUCCAUCUUCCAAUGAGGGCAUCUGUAAAUUGAUUGUGGAAUCAUGGGGAUAUGUUUGUGAGGAACACACAGUGAUUACAGAAGAUGGUUAUAUUCUCAGUUUACAAAGAAUUCCAACAGGCCAUAAAAAUGAAGACAUCAGCAUUCCAGUGCUUCUGCAGCAUGGAGUUCUAAUGGAUGGAGUUACAUGGCUGCUUAAUCCUCCAGACCAAUCUUUGGCAUACAUUUUAGCAGAUAACGGUUUUGACGUUUGGAUUUCCAACUCUCGCGGCACUAAAUAUAGCCUCAACCAUGUCACAUUAAACUCUAAUGAUUCGGCAUAUUGGGAUUGGUCGUGGGAUGAACUAAUGACAUAUGAUCUUCCAGCAAUCAUCCAAUAUAUUUAUGAUCAUACUGGUGAACAGAAGCUGCAUUAUGUUGGGCAUUCACAGGGAACAUUAAUAGCCCUGACUGCAUUUUCCCAGCAGAAGCUAUUGAACAUGGUGAGAUCAGCGGCCUUGCUCUGUCCGAUUGCUUAUCUUAGUCGAAUGACUUCCCCACUAGCUAAAAAUGCUGCAGAAAACUUUGUCACUGAGUUUAUGUACUGGUCUGGACUACAUGAAUUUGUACCUCGUGGGGAGGCUGUAAUGAACCUGUUGAAAGGUAUAUGCAAGAAGCAGGGAAUCGACUGUACAGAUUUUUUGACAUCAUUUACUGGUGAAAACUGUUGCCUGAGCACAUCCACAGUUUCUACCUUUCUGGAGCACGAACCUCAACCAACAGCGACCAAAAACAUGAUUCACUUUUCUCAAAUGGCAAGGGAUGGAACAAUAGCAAGGUAUGACUAUCUAGACCCGGAUAAGAACAUGGAACACUAUGGACAGGUUAAACCACCAGUGUAUGAUCUAACAAACAUUCCAAGUAACCUCCCUCUAUUCAUUGCUCAUGGAGGAAGGGACGAGCUUGCGGAUGUUGACGAUGUCAAGUUCCUGCUCGAUAACCUCAAAAAUCACGACAAAGACAAACUUUUCCUCCAGUUCAUUCAAGACUAUGCACAUGCUGAUUAUGUCCUGGCUCUGAACGCUAAGAAACUCGUUUACGAUCCUCUCAUUGAUUUCUUCAGGAAACAAGAUGAGUCUUAAUUUGAGGAAUUGAUACUGAUGAACAUCAUGCUUUAAUCGUACAAAAUUGAGCUCGUAUUUAGAUAGCAUUCAUGUUUGAGCACUCGGACAUCAAAUAAGUCCUAAUACUAUUAUAGAAUGUUUACUUCUUGUAGGUGUUGGGUAUCCAAAAUCAUAUCUUAUAUGUAAUUUAAUACUUACAAUUUCGAAUUCUAUAUGAGUUUUUAUACUUACGCAAGAUAAAACACGCAGAAGAAAAAAAGUAAAAGCCGAAAAA